CGCCGAGUCCACUGUUUCGUUUCUAUCAACCAUCACGGACGCCAGUAUUGGUUCAAGUUCUCUUACGACAGGCUGACCCCCCUAUCCUGAGCAAUCAAGAGCUCAUUUCGGAGAUAAGACAUGGGGCAAAACGGACAGCCUCUAAACGGUCGACUAGGGUCCCUUGUAUAUAGCUCGGUCAGUGCGCCCUGGGAGAUCAAAUUUGCAUUACUGGCUUACUGGCUCAAUGUCUAACGACCAUACACACGGUGUCCCAGCAGGCUACAAUAGCGUAUUCUAUGGAUAUGUUCUUUCAAUUGCUCUCUUUGGUGUCACGUUGGUUCAAGGCUGGAAUUAUAUCACCACCAAUUCUGACCACUGGCCAAUGCGUGUAUUCGUCGCAUUUUUGCUGGGUAUGGAAACAGCGGCCAGCUCUCUGAGUAUUCAGGUUAUGCACCACUAUCUGAUAAAUAAUUUUGGCAACCUGGACUCCUUGAAUACUAUGUCGUAUUCAUUCGAUGUCCAACUUGCGAUCACGGUAAUCGUCGUUUUCAUCGUCAAUGUUUUCUUUGUCGUCAGGAUAUACCGACGGCGCCCGGGGAAUCGGUCAUUGCCCAUUAUUAUCCUUCUUCUUGCUACAGCUGGCCUUGCGAUUGGCUCAGCCUUCAUUGUGGAGUGCGCCCUCAGGCCUGAAGUGGGGACAUCUGGAAAUGUACAGAAGGGAAACAUAGCUUCCAUUCAUGCUACUGCUACUGCAGCGAACGUCAUGAUCACUCUUGGAUUGACUUUGUCCCAGUCGCGUGAACGGUCUGACAGCAUCCUUCACAAGUUCUUCACCUAUGGUAUCAACUACGGAGUCUUGAUAACUAUCGCUCAGGCGAUCACCCUUCUUCUGUAUGCUAUUGAUACGUCAAGGUUAUACUGGAUGGCGCUCUAUCUAGGCAUGAACAAACUAUAUAUUAUCACUGUGGUGGCCAUGUUGAACUAUGAGUCUCGCUCCGCUGCGUGUGUCCGAGGUGACGUUUCUAUCAACAACAUCACCUUCGAUGAUACAUCAAAUCAGGACGGGGCGGCUUCCGCCAACAUUCGCUCCACAAACAUGAAUCGUUCCGACCAGCAUAUAAUUGAUCUCUCACAGACGAAGCAGGAUACGAGCGGGAGCGCCGGGUCGCCACUAAAGGUUCCGCCUUGAACGACCUGUCGUCUGUUUUGUAUGUACUGAAUAAUCUAUCAUUCUAGGUUCCCAUCUUUUAGUGAUCGUGACCAGCGGCUUCCUCUUUCUCCAAUUGUUCGUUUUCAUCAUGCAAGAUUUAUCAACGCGGACACUUGAACAGCCUUGGAGGAGCCGCCAAGUAUAUACAUCAUGAUUGUACUUUUAAACCUUGUAUAUAAGCUGGGCGGGCCUGAUCUUUGUCACAGAUAGCCAGCGCUCGUGAAGAUAUGGAUGGCUUCUCGUUUCACAUCUUUCCCUGAGAAAGGUAUCAAUUCAUUUAGGUCACUUCGAUAUUUAACAGAGUGGUCUGGUAGGUCAGAGUCGAAAUAUGGCCAUUCUGUGCACCAAGAUAG